AUGAGUGUCGAAAAGAAGGAGAAAUUAGUAGUAACGAAAGAAAUGCGGGACCAAUUCAGUGAUGUCAUAUAUUCAGUUUCACAUAGUGAUAAGUACGAGACUAUUUUAAAAGAAGUCAUAGAAACCGGGAAGGAGGCUGACCUCGAGUUAGUUUUGAAUGAAUAUGUAGACAAACGUGAGCUUGAAAUCCAAACCAUUUGUAAUGAUCAAUUCCAGAAAUUUAUUUCAUGCACGGAGCAACUUGGGUCGGUUAAAGAGAAGAUGAUCAAAACACAACAACGUCUCCAAAAAACAAGUUCCCGUGUGAAGGGAUCCUCCGACAAUUUAUUCUCAAAAAUCAAGCUUCUCAGCAACAACAGAGUCUCUACAAUAAAUAUCAUGAAGACCUUGUCGUGGAUUGAAAAGCUGAAAACCAUUCUUGAGACAGUAAAAAAGAUCGAAGACGAUAUAGCUAAAGGACAUAUAUCUAGAGCUUUUAUGGUGUACGACCGUCUCAGAAAACUGCCGUUGUUCGAAGAGAAUGAGUAUAAAAUUAUACAACUCAUUAAUUUAAGACUCGACACGGUGAAGGCGAAUUUAAAGGCGAAAGCGGAGAAAUUGUUUAAGAGGUGGUGCGAUGUGGUUACGAGUGAUAUGGAGAAGAUAGGGAAUUCUAUUAUGGAUCAUGACAAACAAAUGAAAAAGACACAAAGUCUAGUAGACGAGGAUUUUGGUGCGUUUGAGAAGUCUGAAAUCAAUUUUGUGUGGCUGUACGAAGCAUAUUUCAUUCAUACAUCGUUCCAAACAACAAAAGAAUUUGUCGACAGUUAUUUGCAAUUUCAGAAAAAAAGAUAUGAAGAUAUCAAAAACAUUCAAAAGCCGACAUUAAAUGCAGUAUUGGCAAAGAUGCUUGGGUUCUUUGUCAUUGAACACCACGUCCAACAAACAACAGAACAUAUCAUUUCAUCUGAAAAGCUCCAAGACAUGUGGACCGACGCUUCGCAAUAUAUGAAAAUGUUUAAGACAAGCGAUGAGACACCAACAGAAGAAACAAUUUCGGCGCAAAACGAAUUCGUCGAGGAACUCCAGACAGUAAAGAACUUUUAUUUUUAA